AGACAAUCAGCCAUAAGGCAGCAGAUAAAGCGGUAUUUUAUCUCAGGAAACAAUCACAAGCUCGUCGAGGCACAGGCCAUACUUGGCAUUGCGAUAGAGGUAAGCAGCAAAACAGUCGAUGCCCCCGAGAUCCAAGAGACUAUAGAAGAGAUCGCGGAGGAAAGGGCCAGGCGCACCUCCGCAGCAAUUAACGGCCAUGCUUUGGCUGAAGACAAGGCGCUAUAUUUCCACGCGCUAAAUGGACUUCCUAGGCCCUAA